AUGUUCAUCAUUCUUGGAGAUGCUGGGAAAGAGCUGACAGGCAGAAGAGCAACAGAGCUAAUCGAUAAAUAUGCUGAGGAAAAUGGUGGCGAUGGUGCUGAGCAUGAGGUCCCACAAACACACAAAUUCAGGAUCAAGGUGGCCCACUUCAAUUUCACAUCGAAGAUUCUCCCAGCAGUCCGACCUCCUAAAGACCGACCAGCUGACAUGCCAGCUCUGCCUCCAGCCAGUGAGGUGGAUAUCUCAGUGGUGACUGAAAGCAGUGGUGGAGGAUCUCCAUAUGCAAACAGUCUUCCCUCAUCUACUGAGGAGCAGCAGAAACCAAAGCGCCCCAGGC